GCAACCCGCAUCAUCACCACCAUUCCUAUCGUGGGAACUCCGGCAAAGAAUUCUAAGUUCCCCAGUUCUCUCAUACAAAAUAUUCAACCCUUUUGAUUUCUAAACACACCCAGAAACUCUGAGAGAGAAAACAGAGACGACCCAGAAGCCAUGGGCGUGGAUUACUACAAGGUGCUCCAAGUAGAACGCAAUGCCAAAGACGACGACUUGAAGAAAGCCUACCGCAAGCUCGCCAUGAAAUGGCACCCCGAUAAAAACCCUAACAACAAGAAAGCCGCCGAGGCCAAAUUCAAGCAAAUCUCCGAAGCCUACGAUGUUUUGAGUGAUCCGCAAAAGCGAGCGGUGUACGAUCAGUACGGCGAGGAGGGUUUGAAGGCAGGCGCGCCGCCGCCGGAUUCAGGGUUUUCUUCCGGCGCGCACGACGGCGGUCCGACUAUGUUCCGGUUUAAUACUCGGAAUCCGGAUGAUAUAUUUUCCGAGUUUUUCGGGUUUUCGGGGUUCGGGCAAGGGAUGCCGGAUAUGAGCCGGGCGGGCGGGUCAAGACCGGGCGGGUCGGCGUUUCAGAGGAGCAUGUUUGGGGAGGAUAUAUUUUCUCAAUUUAGAGGCGCAGGUGAGCCCUCAGCGAGUGCGCCCCGGAAAGCCCAGCCCAUUGAGAGGACAUUGCCCUGUACUCUGGAGGACUUGUAUAAGGGCACCACCAAGAAGAUGAAGAUUUCCAGGGAUGUUGCUGAUUCUAGUGGGAGAUCAACCACGGUCGAGGAAAUUCUCACAAUUGAGAUCAAGCCAGGUUGGAAGAAAGGCACAAAAAUCACUUUCCCAGAGAAGGGAAAUGAGCAGCGAGGUGUUAUACCAGCAGACCUUGUCUUUAUUAUUGAUGAGAAACCUCAUACUCUUUUCAAGAGGGAUGGAAAUGAUCUUAUUGUCACUCAGAAGAUAUCUCUUGCGGAAGCUCUGACAGGUCACACUGCACAGCUGACAACCCUGGAUGGGAGAAGUCUCACAGUCACUAUCAAUUCCAUUAUCAGCCCCACCUAUGAAGAAGUGGUGAAAGGGGAGGGAAUGCCAAUCCCCAAGGAACCUUCCAAAAGGGGGAAUUUAAGAGUCAAGUUCAACAUCAAGUUCCCUACCAAGCUUACCUCAGAGCAGAAAGCCGGUAUAAAAAAGUUAUUAACGUCGUAAAACAAACUGAUGGCAGCUCUCCCUUCCCUCUACCGAACUUGUUUAAGCAGCUUUCGUUUGUCUUCUCUGUUAGUAUUUUUUCUGGAAAGGAAUUUCACAUCUCGGUGAAUUUGAGGAUUUGAUCAGGACCAUUUUGACUAGAAGUUUAUGUUGAUUUCCACAUUCCUUUGUUUGCUGUUCCGAUCUUUUGUAGAAAUGCUGGAUAGACGGAAAUUCUUUACCGUUUUAAUGUGUAUACUAUAUUAUUCGGUGAAAUUCUAUAUGGUAUUUCCUCCUAACCUCACUGCGUCCUUCCCUUU